AUGACUUCAAUUCGAACUUCUUCAUACACAAUUGAAGAAGAUGUGCACUUGUGUCAUGUGUAUCUUGACAUUUCUCAAAAUCCAAUCAUAGGAAUUAACCAAUCCAGAGAUCAGAUGUGGGCAAGAGUUGAAUUAGCAUAUCACUCUGGACAGUUUAAUUGUGAGAAAUUUACAAAUGACAACACCAAUUCACCAGCUAGAUUCCAACAACAAGGUCGUAGUUUCAAUUCCCUCCAAUCUCGUUCUUCUGGCUUCAAAUCGCCGACAUCGGCACCCACUGGUAUGAGUUCAUUUGAUCUUAAUAUGAAUGAAGAGGAAGUUCCUAUUAAUUUAUCUAAAAGACCUAUCGGUGUGAAAAAAGCAAAAGGAAAACAAAAAAGUGAUGAACAAUUUAAGAAAUUAAUGUAUCAAAGUAAAAAACUUGUUAACGUUAUAGAAAAUGGUAACUUUGAAAGAAAUGAACUUUUGAGACAAAAGGUUGAUGUGGCUAGAAUGAGUGAAGAGAAUAAAAUUUUAUUUACGGAUUUGAAUUCUAUAUCUGAUCCAGAGUUUCGCCAAUUUAUUCAAAGCGAAAAGAGAAACAUUUACAGAUCAAGAGCACAAACAUCCGAACAUGUAGAACAAGGAGAAUGA